UCAGAGCUCCCUAACAAAGCUUAGCUUGAGAAAAAUGAAAGUCAUUUCAACCAAGAAGUUUACUCUGUUUGCUUUAGCUACAAUUGUCCUAAUAUCGAAUAGUAUGUGCCAAAAUGAACCGAUGAAGAUCAGCCUGCAGAGCGGAGAAGACGAUGAUGAUAAAUACUAUGAGAUUAAAGAUAAUAUUUUGGAAGAAAAGAAGAGGAGCCUCAAUUUUGAAGAAAUGGAAGACUGGGGAUCAAAAAAUAUCAUUAAAAUGAACCCUUUUACAGUAAACAAGAUGCCAAAUUCAGUUGCUAAUUUACCUCUUAGAUUUGGAAGAAAUUAUCCAGAAGAAAGAAGCAUUAAACCAUUUGCUAAUUUGCCCCUGAGAUUUGGAAGAGCUUUUGGAGAGAACAUACCUAAGCAUGUUCCCAAGGUAUCAGAGAGGCUUGUGAGAUCUCCACUUGUUAAAGGUUCCAGACAAUCACUUCUAAAUUUGCCACAGAGAUUUGGGAAGUCACUGGCUGUCAAUCUGCCUCAAAAUGUUCAGGAAUCUGAAUCAGGGAUAUGAAUUCUAACAGUUACGUCAAUAUUGGAAUGAAAUUAUGAAGACAGAACCUGAAAGACUUGGAAAAGCUGCAAUGUGUUUUCAAAACUAAAGGUCAUGAAAACGAACCAUAUGUGAACCGAAAUGCAAAGCUGUCUUCAUGUUAUGAAUAAUGCAUUUAUUCUGCACAAACCCUUGACAUAUAAGGCAACAAUAAUUGUGGUGACUGUUGUAGCAGUUUACUUCAGUGGCAGUGUAAUAUAAAUUCUAUUUACUUCUGUGCAUUUUAUGUCCUCUUGGUUGUAAAACCUAAUUUCAGAACAGUGGCUAUAUAACUGAAAGCAUUUUAAGCAAAAUUAAAAGAAACAUAAUAUGAAUAAAGAUGCAUCAUUCAAAUAAAAAGCCUAUAUGUGAAAAACAAACAGAAGCAGGAUCAAAACCAUUGGUACCUUUUGUGUCAUAUGCAGCUAGAGAAAACCAAGUAAAAUGUUGAG